GAUCUGUGCGAUCCAUGAUGCCGCUGCUGGCCUGCACGAGCGAGCAGAGGCAAGGCUUCUCUAUGGAGGAUGAUUCCGAGAUUUACAGGGUCCGGAGCGAGUGUCAGGAUGUGGCGACGAGCUCCGCGCCGAGGCGGAGGCGGAGGAAGCUCUCGGCGGAGAAAUGGCGGGCUGCGUUUGACGCGCAAGGGCGGCUCAAUGUGAAGCGAGUUCUUCGGCACAUCGAAAGAGGGGGCGUUGCGUCGGAGAUUCGCGCUCACGUCUGGGAGUUUCUUUUGGGUGUUUACUCCCCCAGCAGCAAUGCUGCCGAAAGGGAAGAGCUUCGUCAAUCGCGACGUGACAAAUAUUUGAAGCUCAAGGCCGAGUGUAAAAGAAUGGAUGCGGCCGUUGGAAGUGGUGAAGUUGUGAUAUCGCCGCGAAUGAAUGCCGACGGAGUUUCCAUGGAGGAGAAUAAUCCAGGUGGUUACUUCUUUGUUUGCUUCGGGCUUUUCACUUUCAGUCCAAGUAUUAGCAGAAUUUAUUGAAAAGCCGUGCUGGAUCCAGCGCCGAGGGCAAAGAUUGUCCAGUGGAAAGCUCUUCUCCACCAGAUUGGACUGGAUGUAGUUCGCACGGAUAGAGUUUUAGAGUUUUACGAGGAUCCCAAGAACUUGGGAAAGCUCUGGGACAUCCUGGCAGUAUACGCUUGGAUCGACGAGGAGGUUGGCUACUGUCAAGGUAUGAGCGAUCUUUGCUCGCCGAUGGUGCUCCUUUUCGCGGACGAGGCUGACGCCUUUUGGUGCUUCAAGUGCCUGAUGCGUCGAGUGCGGGAAAAUUUCAGGUGCACGAAUAAGAUGAUGGGGGUUCAGAAGGAGCUCUCCUUCCUCGCAGCUGCCAUGCGAGUAAUCGAUCCAAAGCUUCAUAGAACUCUAGAUGCACUUGGAGGGAGCAACUAUAUUUUUGCGUUUCGAAUGCUCAUGGUUAACUUUCGCCGGGAGUUUUCGUUCGUUGAUACGCUCAGCCUCUGGGAGAUGAUGUGGGCUUUCGAGUACCAUCCCGACCUUCAAAUUCUCUACAUGGAGGCCCCGGAUGGUCACAUUGACAACGUACAGCCGGACUAUAGAGCUGGAGGUAGAUUUGCAAAGCGGAACAUUAAGUAUGGAUCGCCAAGAGCCCUCAACGAGCAUCCGUCCCUGGCAGUUUUCUUUGUAGCCGGGAUCUUGGUGCUGCUACGAUCCAAGUUUAUAAAGAGAAUUCAAGGCCUGGACGAAGUCGUGAGGGCUCUGAACGAUAUGAGCGGCAAGAUAGACGCAUACCGAGCGUGCCAAAAAGCGCUCAAGUUCCAUAAGUUAUACCUGAAGAAGGUGAAGAAAUCAAACACGUAGUAACAAGUAUCUAAAAUAAGUGAAAUGAAACUUUGACAGAAACAAAGGUCAGUGAGUUUUGGGACAAAUCUCGUAUCUAAUUCUGUUACGGGAUGUCGACUGGUUCGCGCAAGCAUUUAUACCUCGGAAGAAAUUUAUCCUUGUUUGCCUUGUAGCCGCUCUCUAAGAGAACUCUAUUCCACAAUCUAUUUUCGAUUAGCGUUGGAACUAUCCAAAGAGAUAAACGAACAGCGACGUCUUUAUUUUCCUUGUGAUCGAUCUCACACUCACAAGGGAUUACCACUCAAGGUAAUUUUAUGUAGUUGCUUCGAUCAUGCAUUCCAUUUCCUGGCAGGCUUGAAGCUUAAUACCACACGAGAUGAGAAGUAGGAAGCCAGUGACAGACCUCUACCUUGUUGAGAAUCUUAAAAGAGAUGUGAGAAGGUUCGAAAUCAUGAGACAAACCGCUGGAGCUUUUACCGUGGCAGGCUUCGUCUUCUUGGAAGAACUUCUCCCGUAUCGUGUGCCACAUGAAGAUGGCGAAUGGGAAAGUCAUGAUGCAGCCACCACCUUCAUCUCCACCACCUAGAAUGGUUCCUUUGGAGUGUCCAACUCGAGCUUGGGAAGGGUCGAAGUGGACUUUGUGGAGAUGUGAUAAGACUUGAUCUGGUGCUUGAUCCCGGCGACUUGGGAUAUCGCCAGGUUAUCCUUGCACGUUCGUCCGGAAUCAAAAAGGCAAAAUAAUGACGUCAUCA